UCCAGCUAGCUGCUAUCAGCCUAUAACCAUUAAUUUCCAUUAUUUUAGAUCAUAUAUUGCACGGAAAAACCUGCCUCACUAUCUCAGCCUUCUCCAUAAUGGGCGAGAGAAUUGUUAAGUUGAACGAGGUUGCCAAACAGGGAAAUAUUGAAGCCUUUUACGGUUUAAUUCAAGAGGAUGUAAAACUUUUGGAGGACAUCGAUGAGCUACCAUUUGUUGAUACUCCUUUACACGUAGCUGCAUCUGCUGGGGGCCCACAGCACAUCCAAUUUGCUAUGGAGAUGAUGAGAUUAAAGCCUUCAUUUGCCAGGAAGCCAAAUCCAAAUGGGUAUAGCCCCAUUCAUCUUGCUCUACAAAAAGGGUAUACCCAGAUGGUGCAUCGGCUUCUACAGGUAGAUGGGGACGUUGUCAGCGUGAAAGCAAAGGAGGGUAUGACUCUUUUGCAUUAUGCAGCAAAAACAGAACACCUUGAUCUACUGGUCGAAUUUCUAUCAGUUUGUCCUCAUUCUAUUGAAGAUGUGACAACUAAAAACGAGACCGCUCUACAUAUUGCUCUAAAACACAACAAGUUGGAGGCUUUUAAACUCUUGGUGGGAUGGCUCAGACAAAAUAGGUCUAAAAAUUCCAUGUUUUGGGAGAGAAAAGUCUUGAACUGGAAGGAUGGAGAAGGAAACACUGUAUUGCACGUUGCAAUAUCCGAAAAUCAGCCCCAGGCUGUAGAUCACUUAUUAGCUUCGGGAUACGAUCUUGACAUAAACGUUAAGAAUUUAGAGGGUAAAACAGCACGGGACAUCUUGCAAGAACAAACACAAGUGAACAGACGGAUCGAGGUUUUGCUACGCCUUGCUGGAGCUAAGAGAGCUUCAUCUCUUCCUAAAGUUACUUCUUAUGCAGAUUACCUAAGGCCUAAGGUCUCACUUCCUGAGAAGUUACGAAUACAGCGUAGUCGUGACAAGUGGUCAAUAUCAGAAGAAAAGCGCAAUGCACUUCUGGUGGUUGCUACACUGCUUAUAACAGUGACCUAUCAAGGAAUACUCAGCCCUCCUGGGGGGCUCAAGCAAGAUGACCCAAAACCUGUAACCAAUCAUGAGUCAAAUACCUUAGCACCUGUGAGUUCGUCCUCCACAUUGACGUUUCAAAAUACUACUACUAGUAAAAAAUUUUAUUCAAACGAAGCAGGCUCAGCCGAAUGUUUUGAAAAACCCCCCUUUUGGUUGUACAUUGUGUUAAAUUCUGCGACGUUUAUGCUCUCAUGCACAAUAAUUUUUCAGCUCAUUCCAUCUGGGUACUUUUAUGUGAUGUUCCAAGCAGCCCUUUUCUUCCUCUAUGUUUGCUAUUUUGCUUCAUGGACAAUCAUCGGGGUUUCAUUUUUGACAGCUUUUUUGUUAGUUUUUGUUUCUGCUCUGCUUUAUAAUAUCGUGGUACGAAUGGACUUUUCUUCUUGGAGAAAAAGAUGGCAUAAGGCUAGUCAAUAAAAGACUGCAGGGUUCAAUGCUAAGGGGUCUUCGGUCUUUCAAUUCGUUCCUGGAAGAAGAAAGGUAAUUAGCGGGGAUUCCUCAAUGCUGGGAUAGAAGAGCUACCUCAACUCAAUGAGAGCAGAUGGAAAAAAUAAAGCUGUGUGCAUCUGAAAUUUAUGUCAAUUUAUAUUUUUGUUUCUUCUCAAGCUAAGAACUUUUGAGUAUUAAAUUAAGCUUAUGUUUCUAAGGGCAUAAUUGGAGGAUUCCAAUUGAAGUCCGCACUGUCAUCUAUGCAUUAUCUAAAUUUUGAAUUUGUAAUCCAAA